AUGCCUGAACAGUCGAAGAAGAGAAAUGCUUCGGCAAAAAUUCCGGAGCACGUCUUCAUUGACCAAGGCCCAGAGUCGUUCCAGGUUGCUAAAUCCAAAUUGGUCUCCAGUCAGGCACGGCGAUUUCAGAGUGCAGGAAAACGCCAACGGCAAAGGCUUUCUGCGCGGCAAGGUGCUGGAUACGCUCGAAGCUUGGUUGGAUGGAAGUCGACGUCGUCAACGCCGCCGGUCGAAAGCCCAGAAAAGAUGUCACCAUUGAAAAGCGGUACACCUAAGCAACAAUUGACUGAGCAAGGCGAGUCAAGUGAGACACAGAUGAGCCUUGCAAUCCAGACCGGACUACGAGCAGAUCCAUUCAGUGCUUUUCCUGGUUCGAAUACAAAGGCAGUAAUGUCCAUGGUUGACUACCAUAUCCAUGUAUGGGCACCACAUAAAGCUGGCAAUUUUGACGAUCUGAUGGGAUACAAUACACAACUCGACCUAUGCUGGCCGCUUGCGCUUCAAGAUGACAUGCUGUUCGAUGCAACUGUAGCCGUUAGCCGCACAGCAUGGGUUCUUGCUCAGGGCAAUAGUCCAUCAGAGGACCAGCUGAUGCUCUACCAUCGUGGUUUAGCUAUGAUGAGGUUACGACAAAGGGUAUCUUCCACCAGCCCUGGGCCUGAGGAAGCUGUCAUCUUUACGGUCGGGCGUAUGAUUAGUAUUGCGUACAUGUCGAGCGAGGCCGAAGCAUUCGUUGCCCAUUUCGAAGCCUUCCAAAAUAUAGCGCAGCAUUAUAUUGACGACCACCCCGACAGUGCCGUUGCUCGCGUGGUCGGGAACAGGUUAGAGAGCUGGAAAGCGCUGUACGGCUACCGGAAUCGAAAGAUUCUCCUUCACAAUGACAGCAACAAGUCAGAAUCAACGAACAGGGAACCGCAGUCAAGGCAAAGUACUCCGCCUAGCCACCAAAUGCGUGCACAAUCCCCAACGCUACUAUCCGGGCUAGAUCUAUCAGUUGAACUCGCCGCAUCGCUGAAUACGAUGCAACGGCUGUUGGACCGAAUACUGACAUUUCAAAGCCUUGCUGGGCAGACUAAACGAGCUCUAGAACUAAUUGAACGAUGUCGUCAAUUCAGCCACAUUUUGCACAGGUACGACAACCUCAGUCCAACGGAGCUGCAGUUGUGCUGUGCGCUCGUUGUGUUCUGUCAACAACUUUACCUUCACCAUCUCACUGAGGGCCCGGACGCACAGGGAGAGAGGGGAUAUGGGUCUGAGCAGUUUGACUUCUUGCCCGCUAUAGCGGACAUUGCCAGUACAUUUAUCAACAAGCAGCUCGAGGGUUUCUCCGAGUCCGCCGAACAAAAGAUGUGCUUGACCUGGUCAGCCAUGGUGUUGGGAAGUUUCCUGCUCCAGCACUCGGACAGCCGCCUGCGGACCAAAGGCCAUAUCAUCCACGUCAAUCUGGGCCUCAACCUCGGCGUGGGUUUCUCCGGCGAACAUUUGCCUUCUGGCAGCACCUCUCUUGCUGAUGAGGACAACGGCUGGACCGUUCUCGAAUCUCUGCUCUUCGGGCCAUCGAAAAUGGGCAGUCUUUGGUACCCGGACCUCGCGCUGCAAUGGCGCCGAGACUGGCAAGGGUCAGUCAAAAGGCAGAGACGAUGGGAACAACAGGGAGUGUGGAUGCUAGGUGCACCGAAGAGAAUACCUUGUGAAUAUGGUCCGGGUCGGCCAGGGAGAGAGAGUGGGAGCAGCCCCGGGGGAAAGGGCAAGAGCAAGCGGCCGGCAACGGUGACGGCGACGAGAACCGCGCGCCUGCCUUUUCCUAAACUAUCACUCGAUCAGGAUGGCGAGGUCGAUGUGAUUGAGUAUCUUGUGCUAAGGGAAGCGAGAGACUCGUUGCCUAGAGUCGAAUGA